AUGCUCUUGAGCUGUGCAAGCCAAGGUCUGCAGCAAGGUGCAGGAAACCCCCUGGUGAACGGUGUUGCUUGCAAUGUGGCUAUAAAGAUAAUUGACAACAGAAUGCCUCAGGACUUCCUGGACUGAUUUCUCCCUAGGGAAACAGAGGAACAUUUGCACCACCCAUCAAUCAUCAAAACUGAGAUCUUUGAGAUAUCAGGGGGGAAAUUGUACAUCUUUAUGGCGCUGGGGGUAAAGGGAGACCUCCUGGGCCAUGUCAAGAUGACAGAAGCUGUGAAAGAGAACUUUACUCAUUUUAAGUUCCAGCAGUUGGCUUCUGCCAUCAAGCAUUGCCAUGACUUAGCUGUAGCUCACAGAGACCUGAAAUCUGUGAAUAUCCUUCCCAAUGAACAUUUAAACGUCAAGAUGUCAGACUACUUUUCCAAUAUUUGUCUCAGGGUGAAAAGGGAAGAUCCAUUCUCAGCAUAUGCAUAUGCAGCCCAUGAACUGCUGCAGGACAAUCCUUGUGACCUCGGGAUUUCUGACAUCUGGAGCCUGGGUGUCAUUCUGUAUACAAUGGUCUAUGCAUUAAUGCCUUUUAGUGAUUCUAAUGUCAGAAAAACUAUGUGUACUCAGAAAUAAUACAAGACUGACUUCCAUGCAUCAAAAUACCUGACUAAAGAGCGUGAGGACCUUAUUUUCUACUUGUUUCAGUCUGACACUUCUCAGAGGUUAUCUGUAAAUGAAGUUUUGAGAUACUUGUGGUCCCAGACUCCAAAAUCCCAAAUCCUUACCCCCUCUGCCCACUGCACAAGAGGUUGA